GUCCACGGCCACAUUUAAAGGAAGAUCAUCCAAAUACACUAUGGUCUACGGAUUCUUGACCACGGUCCUGCUUGUGCUGGUACUUAACGACUCGGGGACUCAGGGAAUACCGACUAAAGUCUGCACCUCUUCAUCUCGAUCCUCUUCCAACGGAAUAUGUGGAGGCGCUUUGUAUGACGCGAUACACGCCGUCUGUGACAUCUAUUACCCUAGAAACCGGAGAGACGUCAUGGCAGAUUCAGUUGACCCAUUAGCGGAUAUCACACUCUCAAAACCGAACGCCUUGUCGUAUUUGACCAAGAGAGAGCACAGUGUCUCGAACGUGGUAUGUGAGUGUUGUCUAAACCAAUGCAGUCUCAGGGAGAUGUUGGAUUACUGCCCAACAAUUCGCGGCAAAUAAAGACAGAAGUUCUUAGUACUAAUUACUUCCAAGACAAUCUUUAUUUCUGUUAAAUAAAUGAUAGCACCAUAAGGACCAAGCUUAGUUAAGUCAUUUGACAACACUAUUAAUAUGACAUUUUUUGUGCUUAUUAGCUUCUUAGUCAAGGAAGCGAUGUAGAUUAGAUUAGAUUAUCUGAAUAUUUCGAAGACAAUGUCUUUUAUGUAAAAAAAGAAAAAAAAAUUAUGACCGGACUUAAUUUGUACAUUUAAUUCAAGUUUAACACUGCUUCCAGGCUUCACAAUUUUUACUAGUAUAUUUCUAUUUGGUUUGAUGUACAUCUUUUACUAGGAAAUUAAGGGAGUGUAUGGAUUACAUUUUUUAAAUAGAAACUUAUGUUAAAACUGAAACAAAUUAUAUCUACAUCUAAAUAUAGUAACAUUAACUCAUUCUGUUCAGUUUUAGUGUAAACCUCAAGGUCAAUAAAAUAUUUAUUGAAGCUGC